UAAUUUCAACAGUAAAAUUAUCUGCAGUUAUCUAUUAAAUAAGAAUUAUUAAGUAUGCAUUUAAAUAGUGCCACAGUAAAACAAAAAGAAUAUUAUAUUAUUUAAUACUAAAUUUAAACCUUAAAAUGUAUGUUGGCGUUCUAAUUUGCCGGUAAAAUAUUUAUAUUUCCUAGUUCUUUUUGUUUAUACCAUCUUCCAAAAUCUUCAUGUUUUGGAUGUUUUGUUUCUACUUCGAGCUUCAAGGUUCUUCUAAUCUGUGUUCGGACUUCUCCGUAUAUUCGUAAGUGACGUCACAUGUGACGACGGACGCUGCGUCACAACAUUUCUUCCGGAGUUAUCAAGCCAAUCAAAUAUACGGAUGGGAUCACAUGACAGACGACAACCAAUCAAAGCAUAAACAGGUUUUAUUAGACAAGAGAAUUUCUGACAAGCGUAGAAAAAGUUUCAACAGCCGCCAUUUUGCCUGUUUGAAGUCGCGUAGAAAUUCAGAUGAUUUUCUUCUCUCCUACUGUCUUAUGUAUAUUAUAGAGGCUCGUUUUUGUAAAAUCAGUGUUAGAUAAUAUUAUAGUGUUUUAAUUUUCGUGACGGUUCAUAAUAGUUAGUGAAAAAGUGAAAAAACUUGCUCGAUUAAAUUAGAGAUCAUUGUGCAGUUCCGAUGGAAGAUGGAGAAAGGCAGUCGCGAAAUAUAGUCGACCACUCGCAUUAGUCAAUACUCAUAAUGGCUGAUGGGUGACUUUUAUUCGAUAAAUAUGUGCCUUGUGAGAUGCAUCGACUGUCGAACACUUGGUACAUCGACUGUUUGGCUAUGUUUCUUUCAUAUUUUUGUCCAUAAAUCAUGUAUUUGUUACUUCAGUUACAGUAAAUAGUGGAUUACAGUGCUGCUAGUUUGGUCAGCCGUAGCAUUGGGCCAGUGCUCGGUUUUGGCUUGGUAAACAGCAGAGUGCACCGAUUUUGCCAUGGCCGAUCAUCUUGUUGAUGGGCCUCCUAAUGCCAAAAGGCAAAAAUUGGACCCUUUUCAGGGUCCAUCGGAUUCAUCCGAUGUAUUGUCUAAUAUGCUGGACUUGGAAAAUGAUCUUCCAGAUGAACUUAUGUCAUCUUCGCCAUGGGGUAGCCUAUCUGAUAACAUGACAAGUAGUAAACCACCUGCUCAAGGUCCUGGUCCUGGUAGUUUACAAAAUGGGAUAGAUAAUACAGACAGUAGCCUUCGACAGCAAAUGCAGCUCAAUCAUCUCUUGCAACAAAGUAACAAAGGCUUAGCAGGAAAUACAUUAGUGCUUGCAAGUGGUCCAUUAGGAAACAAGAGUCCAAAUCUCCAAUCACCUCCAAAUGUCUCAGUGGCCAAGGGUGGUGUGGUGGAAGUGAACCUUAGUAAUUUGACAUCUGGUAUUUCUACUAAUGCAGGACUGCAGUCUAUGGCUAAUAAUGGUAAUUCUACACAAGUUAUGAGUUCCGUUCAAGGAAUAAAUAACAGUGGUGGUAAUAUGAUAAUGACAAGUAGCAAUAUGAGUACAAUGGGAGGAAUGGCAGGAGGCGGAUUAGUUGUUAGCAGUACAGUCAAUAAGCCAUUGACAAAUGCCAAUAUGUUUGCACCAGGACAUCCUCAACAUCCUGGUAACCACAAUGUUAAUCAAGGAUUACCCAAUGGGCCCAUGAUGAGUAGGGUGGGCAUGCAUUUAAAUCAGAGGGGGGCACCUUCAAUUCAUAUCAGUGGACCACGAUUACAAGGGGUUGGACCACCACUUUGUGGGACUCAGGGCAUGAGUGGAAAUCCUCAAUAUGCCCAAUACACAAAUCCCAAUUCUGCUGCCCAAGGUGUUGCUGUAGGUGAGUACGGUGUAGUAGCACCACAACAAAAAAUGAACUUGCAAAACUCUUGUCCACGUUUUGGUGGUACCCAGACAACAGCAGGGACAGGAAUUGGACCGCCUGGAUGUGGGGGUGAAGGUGGAAUAGUUCAGACACAACCUCCAGCACCGUCACCAGCUCAGCCACAAUCUGGAGCCCCAACUGGUACACAACCUGGGCCUCAACAAGCUACUCAAAAUCCUGGCGGUCCAUCAGGCACUGGAGGUCCACCAGCACCAUCUACAGAUCCAGAAAAGAGGAAACUUAUUCAACAACAAUUGGUACUUUUACUUCAUGCCCAUAAGUGUCAAAGAAGGGAGUCUCAAGCUAACGGAGAAGUCUGGUCAUGUACUUUACCUCAUUGCAAGACCAUGAAAAACGUUUUGAACCAUAUGACAACGUGUAAUGCAGGCAAGAGUUGUUCAGUAGCUCAUUGUAGUUCAUCUAGGCAAAUUAUAAGUCAUUGGAAAAAUUGUGUGAGAACAGAUUGUCCAGUGUGUUUGCCAUUGAAGCAGGCUGAUAAAAAUCGAAAUAAUCCAAAUGCUGCUACAAACCCUCCACAAAAUAAUCAAUCUCCAAAUCCUUCAGCGACUGACAUGAGGCGAGCAUAUGAUGCUCUUGGUAUUCAAUGCCCAACAACAGCAUCAGGUCCGAGCCCCACAGGUUUACUACCAAAUCCAAGUCAACCAAGACCUGCCUUAAGGUUACCUCUUAAUACUGGAAAUGCCUUACCAAAUAUUGGCAGUAGUAUGCAAGGUGUUCGAGUACUUGCACCUCCUGGACCAGCUGCACCAAAUGUCUCUCUACCAUUGAGUAGUGAUCCUUCCAACUCUGCUCAAGCUCAAGGGAUUAGUCAAACAGCUGCCAGUAUUCAACAAAGUGUUAAUAAUGUCAUGUUUGGCUUAGCUAGUGGAGCAGAAGCUGCAAAUCAAGGAUUAGUAAAUCAAUUACCUACAGGAUUACAACCUGGUCAGGUGACAGCAUCUCCUGUAACGGGUACAAAAGAAUGGCAUCAACAUGUUACCCCUGAUCUCAGAAACCACUUGGUUCAUAAACUUGUACAGGCGAUAUUUCCAACACCUGAUCCUUCAGCUUUACUAGACAAGAGAAUGCACAAUUUGGUAGCAUAUGCUCGAAAAGUUGAGGGUGAUAUGUAUGAAAUGGCAAAUUCAAGAUCGGAAUAUUAUCAUUUAUUGGCAGAAAAAAUCUAUAAAAUUCAAAAGGAAUUGGAAGAGAAAAGACUGAAAAGAAAAGAAAUGCAGUUACAACUUCAACAUUCAUCUCAACAGCAGCAGCAGCAACAAACACAACAACCUCAAAUUAGACCCAAUAUUCAAGGCAUGGUAACCAGACCUGGGGUACCUGUGAAUGUUCUUCCUUGUCAACAACAACAGCAACCUAAUCAAUCACAGCAAGGUGUUAGAAGUGGGUCACCUGCUCUAGGUGGUCCUCCUAUUGGGGGCAUAGGAGUGCUAAAUACUGCUAGUAAUCGGCUCAUGUUUCCAGUUCAACAACAAAACUCACAGCCACCAACUCAACAACAACCAAAUGUAGUUGGUUUACCUGGACCAAGUCCAACUACAUCAAAUCCAGGUCUUUCGCCGUUUGGCAAUCCUCUUUCACAGGGUAGCACACACAACAGCUCAUCAAACAGUCAAUUUCCAGCAACUAGCAAUGGUCCUGUCAGCUUACCUCAGGUCUCUCCAGCAGGCCAAAAUUCUCAAACUAAUCAAUUUAAUGAUAUGCUUAAACAAAACCGAAUACCACCAUCACCAUCUAGCUUUGUUCAACAAACACAAAGCAUGUCACAAUCAAAUCAACAAAAUGUUGCUCAAAAUAGUACUUCUCGAAUACCUACCACUUCAUCAGAUUCCGUUGCAACACCUCUGGCUACCAGUGCUGGUCCUAAGUCUGUCAGUUCUUCCAGGGGUGCAUCACCAGCUCCUGCAACUCCAGUACAAGCUUCUCCAUCAGCUAUAGCUGCCAGUAUGGGUAAAGGAAUGAGUAGUUCUGAGAGAGCAGCUCUUAAUGCACCCAGACAAAGCUCAUUCUCCUCUCAAUUUGCUGCAAUUACAGCAGCAGCAGAAAGAGACGAAGAUUCCCGUUCACCACCAGCAGGGGGAAGUAAAGGAAAAUUAGAACAGAUGAAAAUGGAAACUGAUAUUAAACAGGAAGACUCAGAAAUAACUGAAAAUCAUAUGGAAAAUCAUGGAGGGAAGAGCAUUAAGAAUGAAAUUAAGAUGGAUAUCAAACAGGAGAUCAAGUCAGAGCCCUUAGAAGAAAAUAUUAAAAUCAAAGAAGAACCUGGUCUGAUAAAGGAAGAGUCCAAUAUGUCUGAAAGUUCUGAUAUUAAGCCCUCUAUUACUGACACUGCCAAUGCCACAGCUACAGGGAGCGAUAGUAAACAUAAAAUUUUCAAAGCAGAUGAAUUGCGCCACAAAUUGAUGCCUACUUUAGAAAAAUUAUUUAGACAAGAUCCAGAAAGUAUACCAUUUAGACAACCUGUUGAUCCUCAAACUUUGGGCAUCCCAGAUUAUUUUGAUAUUGUUAAAAGACCAAUGGAUCUUUCCACUAUUAGACGAAAAUUAGAUAUAGGCCAGUAUGUAGAUCCUUGGGAAUAUGUAGAUGAUGUAUGGUUAAUGUUUGACAAUGCAUGGCUUUACAAUAGGAAAACCAGCAGAGUGUAUAGAUACUGCACUAAGUUGUCAGAAGUUUUUGAGCAAGAAAUAGAUCCUGUUAUGCAAUCAAUGGGGUAUUGUUGUGGAAGAAAGUAUACUUUUAAUCCACAAGUUUUAUGCUGUUAUGGAAAACAACUUUGCACAAUUCCCAGAGAUGCUAAAUACUUUAGUUAUCAGAACAGUAGUCUGAAGGCGUAUGGGCUAGCAUCUGACAGGUACACUUUUUGUCAGAAGUGUUUCAAUGAAAUUCAAGGAGACACUGUUACAUUAGGGGAUGAUCCUACUCAGGCCCAAACAGCAAUAAAAAAGGAUCAAUUCAAGGAGAUGAAGAAUGAUCAUCUGGAAAUGGAGGACUUUGUAAAUUGUACAGACUGUGGGCGUAAACUCCAUCAAAUAUGUGUUCUUCAUAUAGAAGCAAUUUGGCCGCAAGGUUUUACUUGUGACGAGUGCAACAAACUUAAAGGACAAAAGAAACGAGAUAAUAAAUUUACCGCGAAACGACUACCUCCAACAAACUUAGGCACAUACAUUGAACAUAGAGUGAAUAUAUUUUUGAAAAAGAAAGAAGCCGGCGCGGGUGAAGUGUCUAUACGUGUAGUGUCUAGUUCGGAAAAAGUAGUCGAAGUUAAACCUGGCAUGCGCGGUAAGUUUGUCGAAAGUGGUGAACUCGCCGGGGAAUUUCCGUACCGUGCGAAAGCUCUUUUUGCAUUUGAAGAAAUUGAUGGGAUUGAUGUAUGUUUUUUUGGUAUGCAUGUGCAAGAGUAUGGUUCGGAGUGUCCGCCGCCUAAUACGCGACGGGUUUAUAUAGCUUAUUUAGACUCAGUUCAUUUUUUUAAACCAAGACAAUUUAGGACUGCUGUUUACCACGAGAUUUUAUUAGGUUAUAUGGACUAUGUAAAACAAUUAGGUUAUACUACGGCUCAUAUUUGGGCGUGCCCUCCUUCGGAAGGUGAUGAUUACAUCUUCCAUUGCCAUCCUCCGGACCAAAAGAUACCAAAACCUAAGAGAUUGCAAGACUGGUAUAAGAAGAUGUUAGAUAAAGGAUAUAUUGAAAGGAUAGUGUUAGACUAUAAGGAUAUUCUCAAGCAAGCCAUGGAAGAUAACUUAAAAUCAGCAGCAGAUCUUCCGUAUUUUGAGGGUGACUUUUGGCCAAAUGUUUUAGAAGAAAGUAUAAAAGAGUUAGAUCAAGAAGAGGAAGAAAAGAGAAAACAGGCUGAGGCUGCAGAGGCUGCUAUUUUUUCAUCCAUGGAAGAAUGUGAAGUUGGUCCCGACGGUAAAAAGAAGGGACAGAAGAAAGCCAAAAAGAGUACAAAGUCAAAAGCAAAUCAAAGAAAAAAUAGCAAAAAAUCUAAUACUCCCCAAACAGGCAAUGAUUUGUCUGCGAAAAUUUUUGCAACCAUGGAAAAACAUAAAGAAGUGUUCUUUGUCAUUAGGUUACAUUCUGUACAGUCUGCUGCUAGCUUAAAGCCAAUUCAGGAUCCUGAUCCUUUUAUAAACUGUGAUUUAAUGGAUGGUCGAGAUGCAUUCCUAACACUCGCCCGUGAAAAACAUUAUGAAUUCUCUUCUUUAAGAAGGGCCAAAUAUAGUACUUUGUCUAUGUUAUAUGAAUUGCAUAAUCAAGGUCAAGAUAAAUUUGUAUAUACUUGUAAUAGUUGUAAAGCCCAUGUGGAAACAAGGUAUCAUUGUACUGUGUGUGAAGACUUUGACUUGUGCAUCCAAUGUUAUGAGAAAGAAGGUCAUCCUCACAAAAUGGAGAAACUUGGAUUGGAUAUUGAUGAUGGAAGUUCACCUAGUGAUAGCAAAGCCAAUCCAGGAGAAGCUAGAAAAUUAUCUAUACAGCGUUGUAUCCAUUCUUUGGUACAUGCUUGUCAAUGCAGAGAUGCCAAUUGUCGGUUACCAAGCUGUCAGAAGAUGAAACGAGUCACAAAUCACACCAAAUUGUGCAAGAGGAAAACAAAUGGUGGUUGCCCUAUUUGCAAACAACUCAUCGCUCUAUGUUGCUAUCAUGCCAAACACUGCCCAGAAAACAAGUGUCCUGUACCAUUCUGUUCAAACAUAAAGCACAAACUAAAACAACAACAAUUGCAACAAAGGUUGCAACAGGCGCAACUACUUAGGAGAAGAAUGGCUGUUAUGACUAGAACAGCACCAGCAGCGAAUCCUAUACCAGGUGGUGCUAAUGUCACUAUGGGUGGUGCUGGUGUGCAAUCAGUAGUACCAGGUGCUGUUAGUCCUGCUAAUUCAAUGAGUACAGGUUUGCCAAAUCCUCAAAUGGGAAUACCAUCUCCUCACCAACCUGGAAUUGGUCUAAAACCACAAACACCGCCAGCCAAUGUACUUCAAGUAGUUAAACAAGUUCAGGAGGAAGCUGCAAGGCAACAAGCACCUCACGUUGGUUAUGGCAAAGUCAAUCCAGGUCAAGUUCCUGGUCAGAAUAUGCCUCCACCACAAAUUAGGAAUAUGGGACAUCUUGGAGCAGGACAAAGUGGAGGUAAUCUCUUACCAAUGGAACAAUGGCAACAAAGGUAUCCAAGUGGUGUAGCACCAGGUAUUCGACAGCAAGGUCCACCAGUAAUGCAGCCAAACCAGAUGGGUCAAACACCCAUGCAGACGAACCAAGCGGGUGUCAGGCCGGGUACUGCGCCUAUAAGUGCUCCUGGAAGUAUGAUGCAGAAACAAGCCUUACAGCAACUUAUGCAAACUUUAAGAUCGCCGCAGUCUGCUGAACAACAACAACAAAUUUUAUCAAUACUUAAAUCCAAUCCACAACUUAUGGCUGCAUUUAUUAAACAAAGACAGCAGGCACAGCAAAUCCAACAGGCAGGCGGUGGUAAUCCUUCCCAACAACAACAACUGCAACAUAUCCUUAACCAACAGCCAAAUGCCAAUCAACAGCAUCAAAACCGAAUGCAGAUUCAAGGAGGUUUAAUAAAUCAAGCGCAAGCUCAAGGUCUCAGUCAAGGCCCUGGACCUAGCCAGCCAAUGACGCAGCAGCAACAAUGGUACAAACAUCAACAGAUGCUGGCAAUGCGGCAACAACAGGCGGCAGCACAACAGCAGCAACAACAGCCUAGUUUUCAGCAACCUGGAGCUUGUCCGACCUACCAACAGAGGUUACCAGGUAUUAGGCAGCCACAUAUGGGUUACAACAAUUCAUUUGGCGACCAACAAUACCCACCAAUGCAAGGACUUAAACCAACACCACCACCUGUACAGUCACCACAAGGUGUAAUGGGACCACCUCAAGGACAAGGCAUAUCUGUUCAACAGCAGCAACUGAUGCAAAGUGUGAGAAGUCCGCCCCCUAUUAGAAGUCCGCAACCGAGUCCUUCUUCACGGACGGCGCCGAGUCCUCGAAACCAAACAGUAGCGAGUCCACGGGGCCCUCAACAAUCUCCGCACGACCUCGCCGCAGCAUCGGAAAUGCUGUUAAGUCAGAAUCACUCGAAUGCUCUUCAUCCGCAUGCUUCACCAGUUGCCACACCAAACCAAGACUCAAAUAACGAAGUGCCGACCAUGACUCCACAAGACCAGUUAAGCAAAUUUGUGGAGCAACUUUAGUGGUGCAAUGUACUUCUUUCGAGACGAUUAUCAGACUAAUAAAAGUGAUAAAAAAUAUAUUUAUAUAUCUAUAUAUUUGUAAAUACUGUAGAUUGUGAAAAUAUGAAAGUGAUUAUGUAUUGAUUAUAUAUACAAAAUGUACAUAUGUUUCAUAGACAAACUGUAUCAUAUUAUACAUAUACAUAUUUAAUAUUUAGUGAAUUAAUUGAGUGAAAUUGAAGAUACCUUAAAGUAUUUAUGGCUUUGCGAGGCUGUGUUUAAAUUAACGGAUUGUUACCUAGUGAAUGGUAGACUUUGGCAUAGCUACGCAACUGUUAAUCGUUUUUUCUUUUUAUUUUUAUUUACAUUUACAUGACUUUGUAAAAAAUUAAUUAAAGAAUUUUUACCGAAACAUUUUAGUGUCGCGUCGGUAGCUAUUGUGAUGGCGGUCCUUAUAAAAUGGAUCUCCGUUUGUUUUUUAUAUAAUAUAUAUUUAUAAUUUAUAUACCUAUCGUCUUGUUUUCGUAUGUUACAACAUUCCACAAAGUGUGGGGUGCGGUGCUGGCACAAAUGACAAUCCUGAAGCCCACGCCAGUGCAAUAACUUAUUCAACAUCCCUCCUCUAAUUUAUUACUGAAAAUAAAACAACUAGAUUACUUAGUGUUAAGAAUUAUAUAAAAGAAAAUAAACAAUAAUUCUCAAUAUUACACAA